ACAUUGGAGCGAAUUUAGUAAAACUUUGUGCAAAUGCUCAAUAAAUAUGGCAGUAGCAAAGAGAAACAUUGCCUUCCUAAUUAUCGACAUGGCACAGGAACAGUUCCAUCCAAACGGGACCCCCAUAAUCACGUCGUGGCCUGGGCAUGCGCACAUCCUCUCGCUAGCCCAAGCUCUGCCAAAGGAACGCGUCUUUGACUCACGUCUCUGGAUCAGCCCUGCUGACAAUUCAUCCCUGCACGAACUUUAUCCCGGCGUUGGUAUCGCAGGAAGGAAGGGGACCGAACUGUGUGCCGAGUUGAUAACCAAGUUACCAGGAUUAUCCACAUUUGUGAAAAAGGUUCAAUACUCGGCGUUCUACGGGGCAGAGUUGGACAACCUGAUGGCCCCCGAAAAUGUCGGGGUGGUCAUGCUUGCCGGAAUUAAUACGGAUUAUUGCGUCUUCGCUUCCGGGUUGGACGCAUUUUAUCGAGGGUAUGAAGUUUGGCUGAUUCAGGAUGCGUGUACAACAAUCAGUGGGGAAGCCGGUCAUCGCCGAGGGAUUGCAGAGUUUAAAAAAUUUUUGGGAUGCAAGGGAAUAGUUAUGAAAACGAGAGAAGCACUGAAUCGAAUCCAGGAACGUGAAAAACAUUAAUAAAGAACAUUUGGUAGUAUUUUCUGUUACUAUUCGAAUUAACUCUAAAAAGUAACUCUACCCUCUUAAACAGUACUAAACGAUGAGUAAACUUUACUCUUCAUCUAGUUAACUUUACCCUGGGUUUAGUUUAGUUUACUUAAUUUAGAAUUCAGAGUUCAUUUACUUUCAGAAAGGUAACAUUACUUUUAAGAGUGCUUAGUCCAAGAGCAUAACUUUGCAACACUAUUACGAUUGUAUACCACUAUUGAUAAUGAGAGUGAUAACGUCGACGGUAGUGUAAAAUAGUAUGUGGGUACCUCUUAAGUGUUGGAAGUUUUAAAACAAUUGCUUAAAUUUAUCUCUGGUUCUACUUUACGCGAAACCGUAAAGUUUAACCAAGUCAUGAAUGAGGUGGCAAUAAAUUUUCGAUGGAUUACAUAUGUAUAUAGCAAAACAACAUGGCUAUUUGUAAAUAAAGAAUCAUCCUCUUAAGAAAAGUAUGUUUUGUUUCGAUAUAUGUAUGGAUUUAUUAUUGUUACAUUUUAAGAGUAAAGUAUAUAAUCUUUCAGUAAAUAACAGCUCACUUGGAACAAUAAAACUUCUUAAAAUGACACCCCUUCAAAACUCAUUACAUUUUAAGGCUAAUUUACACUUAACGAAAAACGGGGAUAGUCUUGAAAUUAAAGGAAUUACUUAUUUAUGUGAGGGAGCGAAGAUAAAUAUUUAUGCUGCUUUAUUACGUAACUUAAAUUUCGUAACGUAUAUGUACUUACGAACCUUUUGAGGUGAAUUGAAUUCGGGGAAAUAAAAAAUUUAUGUGUGAAA